AUGCCUCAUGCAGUCACGGAUCCUGUGCAUGAGCACUUUCGGAGUUCUGCAGAUGGUUAUGAGGGUAAUCGCGUAGAGGACUACGAAAAAGACUACGAUGUUCACACCUAUCAACGUGGACUCGCCGUCGCUCGCCACAGACGUUCUGAACCAUCAGAAGAGGAAGAAAAGGAGAAGAACGAUAAGAGCGAUGAUGAUGACGAUGAAUGGCUCUUCAAUGUGAACCCUUCGACCGACAGUCCCGACACGGAACCUACAUCGGAUAGCGAAGGCAAUAAGGACAAUACGACACAGUUUAAAUGGGUCAAAAUUGAAAUGUCCGAAGAAGAUCAGCCGGUGUUGUUGAUUUCGUCUAAAGAGGCAAUCGAUGGACUUCAACUCAAAAUACCAGCUGAUUCUCUUCAGAGAUAUGAAAAGGUCCGAGUCUAUGAAACUCAUUUUUCUCAAUGA